AUGUCGCCGCUAAAGGUUAUUGUCAUCACUAUAGAGGUCGCCGCUGAAGGGAUUCCACCGAAGAAUGAGAAGUGGAGACUGGAGACUAACUUGAAGGAGAAGUCGGAGGAUGAACAGAAAACGACAGACGAGGAACAGAAGGCAUCGGAGCCUCACACAGAAGCUUCAGCAGAAGACGACGAACUUCUAACGUUACCGAUGUGCUUCAAACGAACUUCAGAUGAGAAAGAUGGCGGCGUGGUGGACGGAGAAGAAGAUGAUGACACCGUGAAUGGAGAAGACCAUGGCAACGUUCGUUCUUUCCUUCCUUGA